AGAAAAUUUUCUCACGCCAAAUACACAAACUUUACGUACUAUUGAUUCAAAACAAUUGCAGUGACGGUGACGUCGCUAUAAUUCGAACCGGCCUCACGAUGCGCACCAGAGGACUCGCGGAGAUCACGAUCGAGCCGCGUGGCAACGUGGUGCAUGUCCAGUGAAAGAAGAGCGACGCAAUCCUUCGACCAGCUCUUUACGUGUUUACGUUCGCCUAACAGCCAGUGGUCAUGGAGACGGUGGUCUGACUCGUUCGCCGAGGAUAUUUACCCGUGGACGCACCCAAGUGAACGUUCCUCGAAGAGAAGCCGGCCGCAGUGUGUUGUCUCUCCUCUUCCACGACGCAGCAGCCGGUCAGAAAUCGCCGCUAUUAUGUAAUUACCAAAUCGGAGCGUCGUCGAUGAUUUAUCGUUCGAUCACAGACGAUCGAUAUAUAUAUAUAUCUAUAUAAGAAGAGGAAUUUUUACGAUAGUUGGAUAAAUAAUUGGAAAUCGCGCGUGGAGGAGAAUGGCGCUGGCGAAGAUCAAGAAUUUCAUCGACACCGGCCUGAAAAGCGUGUCCACGCCGUUGGAUCGCACGGUGAAUCUGGAACCGGAAGUGGGCAUUAGGAUCGUUCAUUCGAUGAACGAGAAGGCGCUGCACGUGACCGUACUCGGUGCUCGCCACUUGCCGCAGAAUUUUGGCUUCACUCGCGUCAACAGCUACGUCGUCAAGGUGAAGCUGAUACCGGGAAAGGAGAAGUUCGAGACGACGUCGAAGAACGAGUCGUGGCCGCUGUGGAACGAGGAUUUCACGUUUCAUCUUCGAAAAGAGACGAAACAGAAGUUCGGCAAGACGAAGGUGAUCGAGGAGGAGAUCAACGGGUCCAGAUUCAUCGUAGCCACGUUGUACGCGAUCCUCGAGGACAAACCGUUGAUAGCGACUGAUAAGAAAGAGGCGGAGAAAGAGAAGACCGCGUUGUCUCCGACUAAAGAAUUAGCGAAGAAAGCGAACAAGAAGAAAGACGGUCAAGGAGCUUCUUCGGAAAAUCAGGAACCGACGAAGAACAAGUUAUUCAGUCAGUUCUUCGGCAAAGGAACGGACAAAGUCACGGAAACCUCGGUCACCGAGAGGAAAUUGUACGAGAAGAGACGAACGGUUGGUGCAACGACAAUUUCUCUCGAUCCGAAGAAUUUCACCUCGAAACCGGCGAAACCAAAGCACCCUAGCGAUGUAUGGACAGGUGAUCUGUGGAGGCCACUGCGGCCGAUCUCUAGCGGCAUUUUGGGAGCCGACGAAAAGAAGGAGAACAGGAAAGGGCAGGUGGAGUUGUCACUGUGCCAAGAGAAGAGCGACAAAAACGAGGAGGGAAGUGAAAAACUCGUACUGUCUCUGCAUCGUCUGAGAUGCUCGUUGCAGACGAUGCACGAGCACGAGACCUUGAAAGGGCAGAUGUACAUCAAGAUGUCCGUGGUGGACAACGGAAGGGUGACACAUUUCUGGAAGAGCGACCGUUUCGCUCCGUGCGUGUCGAUGAAAUUCGCGCCGGAUCUAGCAGCGGUCGUCGCGGAUAAUCCUUAUCAGGGUGCAUUGAAGGACGUCAGCUUCGUUAUUAAAUUCGUUUCGAAAAAUAAAAUGGGAAAGAAAACGACCGUGGGCCAUUUUGUGAUCGGACCAGACGUAGGAGGAUCCUAUGGGGAACAGUGGAAGCAGGCUCUGGCAAAACCAGGACAGCAGAUAACGAAAUGGCAGUCGUUCGAAUGAGAACGAGAGACGCGAUAGAUCGAUAAACUUUUACGCGGUUUUCCAACCAACGUAAACCUACUUUCGAUACUAUGAAUAUUUGAGCGCACGGUCGAUAGCGCGAGCCGUUCCAAAGAAUACUUAGGCGAACAUCCUCGAAUGCAACAAGAG